AUGGCUAUUAUUGUUUCAAAAAAUGGCCACUCGACUGUUGGCCUCUGUGUUUUAAAUGAUACGGAUGCUCAAGAAGUACUAAAGCUUCAAAAACCAAGAAUGAUGAAUUGUAGAUUUGAUAAAAUAUAUCAAUUUGGUGACUCACUUUCUGAUACUGGCAAUUGCAUGAGAGAGAGCCUUUGUGGAGCUCAUACUGAAUGUAGAAGACUUCCUUAUGGAAUGAACUUUUUCCACAAGGCAACUGGGUGUUGUUCUGAUGGCAUGCUCCUUAUUGAUUUCAUAGCACUGGAAUCUGGUCUUCCUCUCCUAAAUCCUUACAAGGAUCGAAAUGCAAAUUUUGGACAUGGUGUGAAUUUUGCAGUAGCAGGAGCUACUGCAUUAUCAGCAGAAUUCCUGGCAGAGAAUGACAUUAUUAAUUUGUCAUUUACAAAUAGUUCAUUGAGUGUGCAACUUGAUUGGAUGUCUUCUCAUUUCCAGACCACCUAUUGCCAAGAAAAAUUGAAUAAGUCACUUUUCCUGGUAGGAGCAAUUGGAGCAAAUGAUUUCAGUUAUGGCUUAUUGCAAGGUAAAACCAUGGACGAAUCGCGACGAAUGGUGCCACGGGUUGUUCAGACCAUCAUUCAUGGUGUUAGAACGGUCAUCGAUUUUGGGGCUACUACAAUUGUAGUUCCAGGCAUUUCCCCAUUAGGUUGUCUCCCAUUUUUCCUAACGAAAUUCAGGCCGAUUGACAACUCAACUGCAUACGAUGAAUAUCAUUGCUUGAAAGAUGUAAAUAAUUAUGCAAUAUUCCACAAUCGCUGUUUGCAAGAAGCCAUAGAUGAGCUGAAGAAAGAGUAUCCAAACAUUACACUCAUUUAUGGUGACUACUACAAAGCCUAUAUGUGGCUUCUACAAAAUGCCAAGAGUCUUGGUAAAUUCGACAAUAACUCUUUACAAAAAGCAUGCUGUGGAAUGGGAGGAGAAUAUAAUUUUUAUAUACAUAAACAAUGUGGUACUCCGAGAGUUCCAGUGUGUGUUGAUCCGAGUAGUUACAUAAGUUGGGAUGAAGCUCAUUUGACACAAAGUGCAUACAGUUGGUUUGCAAAAUGGAUAAUUGAUUAUAUAUUGCCAAAAUUGAACUGCCAAGUUUAA